AUGCUUCUUGAUUUCAUAAUCAUCAUGUGUGUGUUUACAACAUUAUUACCUUCAACGAUAGUAGGUUCCAACUCAUCAUCGAGUAGUUUGAUGAGCAACAUAGGUAAAAAGCCCGAAUGUCAAACCAAGUGCGGGGAAAUUAGAAUUCCUUACCCUUUCGGUAUUGGCAAUGACACGGGUUGUUCCCUCGACAACGCCUCCUUCUACGUUACUUGUAACACUUCCUAUAAUCCCCCCAAGUUGUUCCUCGGUUCAAGCAACAUCGAAAUAUACAACAUUUCGGAGUCAGAGUUGCGCAUCACAACGGGAGUUGCCAUGAGAUGCUACAGCGGUAAUGGAAUUGUGAAUUAUGAUUAUGAUUGGUGGAUUCGCUUAAUCACAUUCACUUUCUCUGCCAAGAAUAUGUUCACAGUCAUCGGGUGUGAUGACUAUGCACUGAUCACAGGGGAAGAAGACGAAAACUUUUCCAGCGGUUGUAUUGGGUUAUGCAGUGGACGAGUGGACGUAUUAGAUGGGCGUUGCUCAGGGGAAGGCUGUUGCCAGACAUCUAUAAGAAAAGGUCUCCACUAUUACAAUGUCACACUCAAUUCAUUUAGGAACCACACCGAUAUUUGGUCCAUCAAUGAUUGUGGCUAUGCGUUCCUUGGUGAUGUCAGCACUUUUAAGUUUCUUGGUGCUGGUGAUUUAUCUACCAAUUCAGGAUUGGUGAAGAGGGUCAGGGCUACUGUUCAAGUUGUGAUCGAUUGGGUUAUCAGACGCCACCAAACUUGCAACGAGGCUACGGAAUGCAAAGAGAAUAGCCAGUGCUAUGACGUAGAUGGUGGUGGGUAUCGAUGUAGAUGCAGCCAAGGUUACGAGGGUAACCCCUAUCUUGAUCAAGGCUGCCAAGAUAUCAACGAGUGUGCGGAUCCUGGGAUGUAUCCUUGUUAUGGUGAUUGCAAUAAUACUCCAGGGGGUUACAGUUGUACGUGUCAACCGGGAUCCAUUGGGAAUGCAACGACACUAAAUGGUUGUCAAGUUGUUGAUCAUGCUAAAGCUUCUAAGACCAUAUUCAUUAUAGCACCGGUGCUAAGCGUCUUUGCAAUAUUAUCUGGGAUAACUGGAUUUUUGUUUGGUCUAAGAAAAAGGAAGCUAACGAAGCUCCGAGAAAGGUUCUUUGAGCAAAACGGGGGUGUGUUAUUAAAACAAAAGCUCAAUUCACAAGGUUCUCAUCAUGAGGUAAUGGCUUUGUUUAGCAGUCAACAAUUGCGCAAAGCCACCAAUAACUACUCUCAAGACCAAAUUAUUGGACGAGGUGCAUAUGGUGUUGUCUACAAAGGAGUUUUAUCUGAUGAACGUGUAGUUGCUAUAAAGAAAUCGAAACUAGUGGAUGGUGCCCAAGCAGAGCAAUUCAUCAAUGAAGUCUUAAUCCUUACACAAGUUAUCCAUCGAAAUGUGGUAAAGCUUUUGGGGUGUUGUUUGGAAGAGGAAGUCCCCGUGCUAGUGUAUGAAUUCAUCUCCAACAACACUCUUUUCCAUCAUCUUCAUCAUAGAUCGGGCGGAAUGAGUUGGUUAUCUUGGGAUAAUCGGUUGAGGGUAGCUGUUGAAGCUGCCGGUGCACUUGCAUACCUUCAUUCAGAAACUAUUAUGCCAAUCAUACAUAGGGAUGUCAAGUCGACCAACAUACUGAUAGAUGAAAACUACACCGCUAAAAUUUCAGACUUUGGUGCAUCAAGGUUAGUCCCAUUGGAUCACGACCAAGUAACCACACUUAUUCAAGGCAGGCUUGGGUAUUUGGACCCAGAAUACUUUAACACAAGUCAACUAACUGAAAAAAGUGACGUUUAUAGCUUUGGAGUGGUCCUUACCGAACUCAUAACUGGGAAAAAGCCCAUUGGUGUUGACAGAACCAAUACUGAAAAGAAUUUAGCUGCAUACUUUGUCAACUCAAUCGAGGAAAACCGCUUAUUUGAAAUUGUUGAACCAAGACUUGUACGUGAAGGGACUCUUGAGCAGUUACAAACGAUAGGUAAUCUGAUAAAGAGAUGUCUUAAUUCACACGGUCGUAACAGACCUACAAUGAAAGAAGUAGCGGUGGAGCUAGAGGGCAUGAGGAAGUCACCUCACCCUUGGCUCGAACAACAAACAUGUGAAGAGACUCGAAGCCUAGUCCUAGAAGUCGAGCAGCCUGAUCUUUACAAUGUCCCACUAGUAUCAUCCGCUACUAAUGAAUGGGAAACUUACUCUGGUAGCACGGACUUGGCAUAUAAAGAAAACAAACCACGUUAAUUCAAUAUCGAUGCUUCUAAUAGCGUCGAUUGUUUAAGCAUUGCUCCCAAGAUUGCAUGAAUAAUUGCUAGCAAAGUUAUGUGUUUUCGGUGUUUAUCUAUUUUGUGAGAUUUUUU